AGUAAAUAAAUAAAGCAAAGAACUGUCAGAAAAAAAUUACAACGAAACGUCGCGGAUUGUGCAAGUUUCUCGCGUUCGCGAGUUUUAUCGCUAAAUUCCGUUUCUUUUACGGCCGAUGAUUUGUGACCAUAAAGGAAGAAGCUCUGCUUAUCACCGAGAGGGCACGAGUGAUAACAGUGUGAACCGAGUGCAUUCGCAGUGAGCGAUGUGAGCCAUCUCAUUAAAUAAACAUAAUUCCUUUGCCGGAGGAAGAAGACCGCCCAGCAAAGAAGCCCGUAAUCGUCCCACUUUUGCUUUGGAUUUUCGGGCAAUUGAAUUUAUCUCGUGCUUGUAAGGCUUCCCGCAGUGUGUCGUCGUAUUAAUUAACCGGAAGUUGCUCGUUCCGCGGCAGCGCCAUGGAUGAAAUUGAUAACAUCAUUCUGCAUUCGCUGCGCCAGAUUGGAUGCGCCCUGGACGAGGAGGUGACCAGUUUGGACGAGUUUAGUCCGACGCUGCUGGUUCAGGUCGUGUCCAAAUGUAUAACGUUGAUCGAUCCCAGCUUGGAUUUGCCCCGGACGCUGCCUCCCGGGAUGGCGCAAAGGUUUACUGCGACCACUAGCUUGGCCGAGGCUUGCCGGACAAUCGGCUACCGACGGGACAUCGGCUACCAGACCUUCCUGUACUCGAACGUGGCCGAGGUGCGCCGGGUGUUGAUGUUCCUGAUCGAGCGGCUGCCCAAGGAGUCGGCGGACAAGGCAGCGGGUACGGGUCAACCGUUGGACGUAACGACCGAGCUGGAGAGUCGAAUCUGUGCCAGUCUACAGUCCCAGCUGCAGGCCCCUUGGAUGCCGGAGUUUUGCCGGACCGCUGCUGGUCCCAGCAGUUCUCAGAUUGCGUUCCGCCGGUUCGUGCCUCGAAAGUUAAACAUUCCGUUCGUGACCCAGGGAGACAUUGCUGCCGAGGUCAAAGAGUUCUGGUCCCGCCAGGCGUCGCUGGACACGCUCGACGAGGACAGCUUCAUUCCGUCCGUGAUCGCUGCCAACGAUGGGGCGCUCAAAGCCAGUGGUGGUGCCAUUGACGACCGGAUCAAGGUGUGUUCGCCCGUGGACCGUCUGCAGCGGUUCUACACGUCCAGCGAACAAAAGUCGAGCGUUGUUCCGGUGGGGAAAGUGGCCGUGGAGGAAAAGCUGGACGCGCUGGCGAUUGUCGAGGCGGCCAGGCCGGGCAAAACUCCGUUGGAAACGCUUCAGGAAGAGAUCGAUCAGAUUCGGGUGGAGAUCGAGCGGGCCGCUGGGGAGGGAACCGGUCUGGAGGGGGAACGAAUGGAAGUGGUCGAGCUGUGUGAGGUUCAACGGGCGGCGGUUGGGAAGUUGAAGGACGAAAAGAAGAUUAAGGAACGAACGCAUAUUUUACUAGAAGACCCCGAGGUUAACGUUAGGAAACUCCAGGGCAUCAUCGGGGCCGGUGGAGAGCGCAUGAAGAAGCUGCAGGAUCAGUGGGACGUGCACCGGAUACCGCUCGAGCAGGAGCUGGAAGGGUACCGCGUGAAGCACUCGGAUAAGCUGUCGCAAUCGCAACAGAUCGUGGACCAAAUCGAGGCGACCCGGCACAAGUGCGAAGAGGUCAUGAUGGACCUGCAGACCAAGAGUGCGAUGCACGCUCGGCUGCAGAAGGAGCUGGAAAAGCUGAACCGCACCGUCAGCCGGACGGCCUACACCAGCCGGAUUCUGGAGAUCGUGGGCAACAUUCGCAAGCAGAAAACGGACAUCGACAAGAUCCUGCAGGAUACGCGCACACUGCAGAAGGAAAUCAACACGAUCACCGGCCAACUGGACCGGCAGUUCACCGUGACGGACGAUCUGAUCUUCCGGAACGCGAAAAAGGACGAACACGCGAAGAAGGCGUACAAACUGCUGGUCACGCUGCACUCGGACUGCGCCGAGCUGAUGGCGCUGGUGCAGGAAACGGGCGCCGUCAAGCGCGAGAUCCGCGACCUGGAGGACCAGAUCGAGACCGAGCGGAGUCGGAACGCGGCCACGAACCUGGCCCAAAUUUGUCGCGAUCUGGCGGAAAUGCAGAGCGAAAGCCAGCGGCUGGAGGAGAGUUUGCGCGCACAUUUGAGGUAAAUAUUUUUUAUGAAAUUUACGUUUUUUUAGGAAGAACAAAGUCAAAAUGUGAUUAGGCUGUAAGGUUUAACAAAUUGUUGCGUAGCGCAGAAAUUGAUCCAAAUCAACACACGUACGUCUAUUACACGGAUACUCAAGAAAAAAGUAACAGGAAGAAGAAGAACAUUAAAGUGCCCAAUGGAAAGCUUUA